AUGGAGGCCAGUGCAAAUGUAAAGAAGCAGAUCUGCGAGGCCAACAGGACCACUUUGAAGACCUGCAUGAGGCUCAUUGUCUCUGUUAACGCUGUUUUUGCUGUUAUGAACAUCCUCAUUUUUUACAACUCUUUCAACUUCUAUACAUGUCUCAUGCUGGUGUUUUCCACCACGGUGUAUGUCGGAAGCUAUCGAUCCAUGUCAGUGAUGGCUGAACCGGUAUUUGGGGAUGAUGGCAGCCUGGUGGACUGUGGCGUUGACCUGAACAAGAAGUAUGGCACAGCAGCACUCCUGAAGGAUGUGAUUCUGCUGACUGCUAUCAUCCAGGUCCUCAGUACUAUUUCCUCCUCCUUCUGGUAUCUCUGGCUCUUUGUUCCAGUGCGAGUGCUCUUCAUCUUCUGGAUGAUGUCCUUCAGUCCCUGGCUUGUGGAAGAUGCCCCAGAAUAUACAUGGGAAGAGAAUGAGAAGAAACUGGCCUAA